GUUUGUAGCCAUUCAGCAGCCUGGCGCCGCAGAGAGCGCAUUGAGCCAGAGCCUGCAGAGCGUCGAUUCACACCGCAGACAAGAGAGGGGGGAACAGGCGGCAUCCGCAGGCACAAACAGUCGGACAUAACCCGCAUGGUUCGCAGCCACAGACUACACCUCCCCUCCUCCUCCUCUAGCCGACCGGUCUGCACUGAAUCUCCGAGAAGGAACCCAGAGGUGUAGGAAGCCGCCGCGCUUGGAUCCGUGGAGUUAUAUAAGAGCAGAGGAAGCGUCAGCCCCGUCGCAGGGCCGGUGUGACUCAUUGAUAAAUAACACAGGCUCUCUCCGACCAGAUGCAUGAAUGAGCGCCAGUGUAGGCAGCCCGCAGUCGGGAAAUCUGUGAAGGGGACCGGUGUUUUAAUUGGUCUCUUCCCGGAGCGCACGGGACACUGAGAGACAUUUGCAGGGAGAAUUUAUUGGACUGAUUUUGCAUUUUCACUUCACUCUUUUUUGUGUUUUUUCUUACACCUUUGCCCUCAGUUGCUUGUGUUGCUGCGGGCCCUCCGAGCAGCGGAGCGGACUGAAAACACAGACCUACAGAUUGUUUCCUCGCUCGCCUCCUCGCCGCUGCAGCCAGGAAGCUCCCCGCUUUCUCAAAAACAUUUUUUCUUACUCCUGCUUAUAAAUGCUUGACAAGCUCAAGCCCGUCGUCCAGCUCGACUCGGUAAUGGCGAUCAGCAAGACGGUGGGCUGGCUCCGGGAGCAGCUGGAGACGCGCAGGGACGGGCUGCUUGUGAUGGACUGCCGGGCCCAGGAGCUCUACGAGUCGUCGCACGUCGACACGGCCAUCAACGUGGCCAUACCCAGCCUCAUGCUCCGCCGGCUCAAGAAGGGCAACCUGCCCGUGCGGUCGCUGCUCUCCGACGGGGAGGACCGGGAGAGGUUCGUGCGGAGGUGCAAGACGGACACCAUCGUGCUGUACGACGAGUACAGCCGGGAGUGGAACGAGAAUGUGGACGGGGGCUCGGUGCUGGGUCUGCUGCUGAGGAGGAUGAAGGACGAAGGCUACAAGGCCUAUUAUCUGGAGGGUGGCUUCAGUAAAUUCCAGGCCGAGUAUCCAGCUCUGUGCGAGACCAACCUGGACGGCUCCCCGAACAGCAGCUCCCCUACCGCCCAGGUGCUGGGCCUCGGCGGGCUGCGCAUCAGCUCCGACUCCUCAGACAUCGAGUCAGACAUAGACCGGGACCCGAGCAGCGCCACGGACUCGGACGGCAGCCCGCUGUCCAACCCGCAGCCCUCCUUCCCGGUGGAGAUCCUGCCGCACCUCUACCUGGGCUGCGCCAAGGACUCCACCAACCUGGACGUGCUGGAGGAGUACGGCAUCAAGUACAUCCUCAACGUCACCCCCAACCUGCCCAACCUCUUCGAGAACGCCGGGGAGUUUAAGUACAAGCAGAUCCCCAUCUCGGAUCACUGGAGCCAGAACCUGUCUCAGUUCUUCCCCGAGGCCAUCAGCUUCAUCGAUGAAGCGAGAGGCCAGAAGUGCGGCGUCCUGGUCCACUGCCUGGCUGGCAUCAGCCGCUCUGUGACGGUGACGGUGGCGUACCUGAUGCAGAAGCUCAACCUGUCCAUGAACGACGCCUAUGACAUCGUCAAGAUGAAAAAGUCCAACAUCUCACCCAACUUCAACUUCAUGGGCCAGCUCCUGGACUUUGAGCGCACGCUGGGCCUGAAGAGCCCGUGCGACAAUCGCAUGGCGGCGCCGAGCCAGCAGCUCUACUUCACCACCCCGACCAACCACAACGUCUUCCAGCUGGACCCCCUGGAGUCCACGUGAGGCUCCGCCGUCGCCACCCCCCCUUCCUCUCCUUUGCCGGAGGUUUUGCGGGCCUCCUGUCGGAAAAGCUGCAAAAAAAAGUUUCUCUUUUUCCCGUCGUCUGCCGUGCGACUGGGCUCUUGACGUUAUUGAUACAGCUGGUUUGAGGCGACAGCUGCCGAGCGCGGUUACUGCAGGGCAGCAAAGCUGUCUGGCGCAAGAUGCAGCUGCUGUUGACUAAAUGAGGAGAGACAGUAAAAGAGACAAGACAGAAAAAGAGGAAGCGAGUCGUUUGAAGAGUUGCAGAUACUUUCUACAGUCCUAUAUCGCUGUUGGACUCUUGAGGUCUUUUAUCUCUUUUGUCAUUGUGAGGAAACUUCAAGUGAUUUGUGGGACAGCCGUACGUUAUGCUUCAAAGUUCCUAGGCUGGUGUGCCAAAGAUACAUGAUUGUUCAAACUGGACAGAUCUAAAAAUGAAAACCUUUUUUAAUGUUUGUUUUGGGGUCUGGCACUGGUCUCCCCCCACCCCCACCCUCCAGCCCCCGAGACCUCAGGGAGCGUCCUCUCCCUCGUCUUCUGUGAAGACUUGCCUGUGUGGGGGCCGAAGCACCUCAGCUUUACAUGGCACACUAUAUACUGGACUCGAUUUUACAAUUUGUGGAGUCUUUUCAAACAUUUAUACAUUGUGUAUAUAUCUUAAUAUAAAAGACAAUACAGUAAAAGCCUUGCUCUAGUAUACACCCUUUGCAACAAGUGGGUACUGAAGAUUCUCUUUGCUUAUAUAAAAAGGUAGAAAAUGAAACAAACAAACUGCAUAUUGAUUCAUAUGUUUAAAGUUUAUUAUGCCAAAAAUCAAGUAGGCUUUCUGAGAAUUGUGGAGAAACGUGUACAUGUGUAAUAUAUUUGAUAAUCGCUUUACGUGUGAAUUCAGCCAACCGGCCUUGUUUUUGCACCCACCCUCUCACGAAUCAAAGUCACUUUGGUUGUUUGCCUUACUUUUGUGCUCAGAAGGUUUUUAAUGCACUAGCCUUCAGAGAAAAAUUCACCAAUUUUCCCAAUUUCUCUACAGCAACCCAGAGUUUCUUUUUUAAAUUUUAACACUAAAAUCAAACCAAACCUUUUUUUUGUUGUUUUUUAAUUUGGCACCACAUGAAAUAUAGUCGUCAGAAGCGUGUUGUCUGGAUCUCUGAAGGUUAAUGUGAGUAAUCCUGAUCUGUGCACAAGGGUUAAAAGUCUCUGACGUGGACAAAGCAGGAGGCUUUGCUUGCCUCGCCUCUUCAGGGAAAACUCUGUAAAAUGCAGUUUUUUUUUGUCAAGAUGAGAGAAAAAAAAACGAAUCCAGAGCUUCGGAGGGUUGUGUUGUCCCCCUCCAGAGAGAAGGCCUCUUUCCAGAGGACGCCAACUUGGUGACCUCUGCCACCCCCAAUCCCCCCCUGCCCCUCCACACUCCUCUCUUACGAAUGUAAAGAAAAGAUAAGUUAUUAAUAAAUUGCUAUUUUGUCUACA